GGCCAGCGGGCAAAAGACAUUGGCGCGAGUCUGUUCUGUUGUCUUGGAAACCCUACCUCUUCCCUCCCUUUCCCUCUUUCUUUCUCGGAGAGCGGCAGCGGCAGACCGGCGGCGGCAAGAUGGGGCGAGUGAGAACGAAGACGGUGAAGAAGUCGUCGAGGCAGGUGAUCGAGCGGUACUAUUCGAGAAUGACGCUCGACUUCCACACCAACAAGAAGAUCCUGGAGGAAGUGGCCAUCAUCCCCUCGAAGCGCCUCCGCAACAAGAUCGCCGGAUUCUCCACCCACUUGAUGAAGCGCAUCCAGCGCGGUCCAGUCCGCGGCAUCUCCCUCAAGCUCCAGGAAGAGGAGCGCGAGCGUCGCAUGGACUUCGUGCCCGACGAGUCUGCCAUCAAGACGGACGUUAUCGAGGUUGACAAGGAGACGAUCGACAUGCUUGCGGCCCUCGGCAUGGCGGACCUCCCUGGCGUCGUCAAGCAGCCCGACGCCCCUGCUGGCGGCCUCGGCUACUCCAAGCCUGGCGGUGGUUACAUGGGCCGCAGGAGCUAGGCCUCGCGGAGAGCAGCUUUCGCUCCUUAAUAUUUCUAGUUAAUAUUUCUAGUGGGAUCGUAUGUUUUUUUGUCACUUUUAGUCUGUUGCCAUUUUGCUUGCUGUUUCAGAUUUAGGACCCUGUUGUGAACCGUAAAAUUGAAAUAUUUCUGUUUUUCCUUUCAAUACUGGAAUUGGGGAAUCUGUUUUUUGGAACAAUUGGCAAAAUAUUUUUAAUUUAUCUCUAUUUUGUCUUA